CUUUGAUUCUGUGCUUUGAUUCUCAGGGCUGUGCUGGGAAGUGGGGGUGGACUGGGAUGAGGGGGCUGUUCCUUGGAACUCGUCCUGAACGUGGAGGAUCAAGGUGUCGGAUAGCUCCUCGUGCCCUGCAGCCACUAGACGACUGAGAGAGAAAGAGAGAGCGGGAGAGACAGACAGAGACAGAGAGAGAGAGAGAGGGAGAGGAGUGCUCUGGACUGUGCCGAGGGUCCCUGCCGUGCUCUAAGGGUCACCGAGCUGUUGCCUGUGCUUGAGCGUCUUCCUCCAGCCAUGCUCCUGAAGUUCCUCUGCGCUGUGAUCACCAGAGCCCUGUUCAUCCUGAUCUCGCUGAUCGGUGUGUGGAGGGUGACCUGGGUGAAGAACAAUAAGCUCUACUGGUUUCUCACAAUCCUAUACCUGCCCCUCGUGAUUGAGCUGAUUUUGACUCUGAGGAGAAGAAAAGGGAAGGACUACAAGUGGUUUUCUCCUGCAAUCUUCCUCUUCCUCAUCAGUAUCAUUCCCACAAUUUGGAUUCUUGAACUGCAUCAUCAGCAGAACAGAAGCAGUGAUGCUAAGUGUGCGAAACUUGAUUCAUCGGAGAGCAUCAAAGACAUUUUUAGUAACUGGAAAAACUCCAGCUCCAACACAACUGAAGUUUUUAAGUUUUUUCGGGACUCAGAGAAGAUCUUGUCGUCGGUGUGCGCCAAUGACUGGAUCCUGGCCCUGCACCAGAUCCUGCUCAUCCUGCUGAUCGUGGGAAAGUGGUUGAUGCCCAUUGGAGUGGGGGUCACCCGGGACGAGCUCUCCCAGCUGCUGCUCAUCUUCGUGGGCACAGCUGCUGACAUCUUGGAGUUCACCAGCGAGACACUGUCUGACGUGAAAGAUAAUAGUCCACAGUUGGUCUACAUUAUUCUAGCUGUCUGGACAUGGAGUAUGCUGCAGUUCCCCUUUCAUCUCUCAGUGGUUAAUUCAAGAGACGAUGAUGAGUGUGAGAAUCAAGGCGACUCUGUCCUCACCAAACACAGGACAGACUUUUGGACUGUGGUGGAGACCCUCUUCAUUCAGGACGGCCCUUUUCUGGUGGUUCGCCUGACUGUCAUGAUCCAUUAUGCGAUCGUCCACCAAAUGCUGGUCUUCUUUGCUAUCAAGAACUUCCUGGUGGUGACACUGAACAUCUACCGGAUGUGGGUCAUUUUUCAGGACUACAGGUCCAUCUGAGUGUCCAGGGUGCACUUGCAGGUCCGUUCAUAUGACUUUAUGGCCCAUAAAUGGAAAUAUGCUUGGUGUGUGGACUGGCAGUAGUUUUGAUUGUAUGCUGUCUGCUAUUGGAAUUAUUUGGGCACCAUUAAUUACUUACUCUGAUACUGUGACUCACAGCAGCGGUAAACAGUUGCACAAUAAAACAUUCCCACAAUAGCAUAGUUACAGUAGAAUUGCUGAUAAUCUUGUAGAAACAUAUCACAGAAAAAAAGUUGAUGUUUUAAAUAUUUUGUUAUAAGAUUAACAUAGUUGCUUACAUAUCUGUCUAUUCAGUAAAGAACACUUUAGUUUAGUUAGCUGAAGUUAUAAGUAGUGUUUCAACCCCAUUUUAUUGAGCCACAAUAAUGAGCAUACACUGACAUAUUGCUGUAGGAGCUGCAUUGUCCAUGUCAAAAAAAUCAAUAAAUAAUUAAAUAUUGCAGAA